GGUCGGUUACUGCCUUUACUAGUUUCCACGGGGUCUUCCACUGAUCGUGGUCGAAUGGACCAUGAAGGGAUGGCGACAAAGAAGAUAGUUUUCAUUGUAGUAGUAACUAAGAAGAACAAAUUAGAGUUUAGCGAAGUAAUUUAAAAAUUUACGUAACUAUCAAAAUUUGCUUAGUCGAGUUUCGACAAUAGACCUGCGAAGUUUUCGAAUAACGAUCUCCUAAGAAUCCCGCGAUCUAGUUCAACAAUUUUUUAAAACAAUUAAACUGAAAGUGAUCGCUGGAGUAACGUUCGUGGUUUUGAAAUAUUUUUGAAAAUUUAUAACGAAUUUUUUUAAUUUUGAGUGCCAAAAAUAAAUUGUAAUAACCGAAAUUAUUUUACUAAAACAGUGCCAGAGUCUGUGACAUAUUCUGAAAAAAGAAAUUUGCUGUUGUUUUAAGUUCAAGUGCUUUAACGAACUUUAAAGACCAAAUUAAUCCACAAUGAGUUCGAUAAUUACGCAGAGCAAACUUCUAUCACAAUCGAUGAAAAUAGCUGGAAGUUUCUCACCGAUUACUAUCAUUAUCUUAACUACUAUCAUUGGUUUAAUUUUCAUACGCAAUCGGCGGCGAUCGCGGGUGGUGAAAUUAAUCGAAAAAAUCCCUGGACCGUUAUCUCUCCCACUUAUUGGGAAUACACUGGAAUCAAAUGUCGAUCAUGAUGAAUUAUUUAUGCGUAUGACUGGAAUGGCAAAGCUCUGGGGUUAUCGUUACGGCAUUAACCGAGCCUGGCUUGGAGGUCCUUAUGUGUUUUUGUCGGAUCCUGAAACUGUUGAGCCCAUUUUGAAUAGUGCAAAAUACAUUGACAAAAGUCAGGAUUAUGACUUCUUACAACCAUGGUUGGGAACAGGUCUACUCACAAGUUGGGGACGCAAAUGGCACUCAAGGAGAAAGAUUUUGACUCCAGCCUUCCACUUCAAAAUUUUGGAUGAUUUUAUUGACGUAUUCAACGAGCAAAGUGCUGUUUUGGCCAAAAAAUUAGAAGCAGAAAUUAACAGUGAUUCAUUCAACGUAUUCCCCUACGUGACUCUGUGCACAUUAGAUAUUGUCUGUGAAACCGCCAUGGGUCGUAGAAUUCACGCUCAAAGUAACAGUGAUUCGGAAUAUGUGAAGGCUGUCUACGGAAUCGGCAGCAUCAUCCAAAAUCGUCAAUCAAAAAUUUGGCUCCAAUUCGAUUCUCUCUUCCGCCUUACCAACUACUACAAGCAACAUCAAAACUACAUCAACAUCCUUCAUGGAUUCUCAAACAAAGUAAUUCGCGAACGAAAGGAGGAAGUUCAAAAAAUGAAAGCGAUGACAAAUAACAACAAUAACAAUAACAACAACAACAAUGAAGAGGAAGCUUUUGGAAAGAAGAAACGUUUGGCUUUCUUGGAUCUUUUGAUUGAAGCUUCGAAGGAUGGCACCGCCUUGUCAAAUGAAGAUAUUCGUGAAGAAGUUGAUACGUUCAUGUUCGAGGGUCACGAUACAACAUCAGCCGCUAUCUCAUGGACCUUGUUCCUUCUUGGAUCCCAUCCUGAAUACCAAGAGCGAGUUGUACAAGAACUAGAAGAAAUUUUCGGAGAUGACAAAGAAACCCCAGCCACAAUGAAGAACUUAAACGACAUGAAAUACUUGGAAUGCUGUAUCAAGGAUGCCCUCCGUCUAUACCCAAGUGUACCAAUGAUGGGACGUUCAAUCACUCAAGAUGUUAAAAUUGCUGAUUACACUGUACCUGCUGGAACCACAGCCAUUGUCAUGACAUACAUGCUCCACCGGCACCCAAAGGUCUUCCGUAAGCCAGAACAAUUCAAUCCAGACAACUUCUUGCCAGAGAACUGUGUUGGACGACACCCAUUCGCCUACAUCCCAUUCAGUGCUGGACCAAGAAAUUGUAUUGGCCAGAAAUUCGCCAUUUUGGAAGAGAAAGCAGUCCUAUCCACAGUCCUCAGAAAAUAUAAAGUUGAAGCAGUUGACCGACGUGAAGACUUGACACUCUUAGGUGAAUUGAUUUUGAGACCUAAAGACGGUCUUAGAGUUAAGAUCACGCCCAGAAAGUAGGGGAGCUGAAAAGGCGAAAGUUAGCUUUGAAUUUAUAACUUAGGACAUAGCUUUUUUAUACCUAGUGAAGAUGUAAGAGUGUAAGUAAUGUAUCGACGAAUUUUGCGCUUAGGACUGAUAUUUAACAAAAUUUUUAGAUUAUUUUAUAAGUUGUACAAAACUACAUAUUAAAUAUACAAAUGGGUACCUAAUUUAUAUUUAAUAUGACAUGGAGUGUUCUUGAAUCUGCUACGCUGUAA